CACAGGGGGCGAGUUCUUUCUAGAGGUUCUGGGGCCGCCUCCCCUCUCUGGCAGGGAGGGAGCGGGAGAACUAAAGGAGGCUACCGCGCAUGCUCAGAACCCGGGGGGAGGCGGUGGGGGAAAAUGGCGGACAGCAAAGAGGGAGAAGAGAAGCCGAAGCAGCCGCAGGCAGACGGAGUUAAGAAACAUCAUGGACAGGCUGUUUGUAUGACUUGGAAAACAUGGCAGGAAAUUAUAGGACCUGAAGAAGAGGCAGAAAAACCUGUGAAAACUAAGACUGUUUCUUCCAGUAAUGGAGGGGAAAGUUCGAGUCGAAGCGCAGAGAAACGAGUAGCUGAUGAAGAAGCUGAAGAUUUCACCACAAAGCCUGCUCCUGCCAAAAUGUCCAAGUUUGGAUUUGGCAUAGGCAGUCAGACAACAAAGAAGGCACCUGUGAUAUCCAUCAAACUUGGAGCAAAUAAACCUAAAGAGCCUGCUCCCACCCUUGCUCCAAAAACCCUUUCUGUAGCAGCAGUUUUCAAUGAAGAUGAUGAUAGUGAACCAGAAGAAAUGCCUCCAGAAGCAAAGAUGCGCAUGAAGAAUAUUGGAAGAGAUACACCAACCUCAGCAGGACCAAAUUCUUUCAACAAAGGAAAGCAUGGGUUUUCUGACAACCAGAAGUUGUGGGAACGGAACAUAAAAUCUCAUCUUGGAAAUGUCCCUGAGGAGGAUGACUAAAUGAUAUCUGUGGAGAUUUGGGUGUGGGGGGGAGGGCAGGGUGUGACAUUAAAGGAACAGUUUCCUUUUUUAAGAAUGGUCUGAGAUUUACCUUUGGAGCCACUUUUUCUAAAGAUUGAGUGGUACAAUAAUAACUGAGUUUGAAAUUAGAGGUAAUUUAUGUUUUGUAUACAGAUUUCAACGCAUUUGCUAAUUUUGUAGUUCUAUGUGAUUAGUUUCAAAAGGUUACAAAUAAUAAAGAAAUUGGAAGUGGUACUUUUUUAAUUUUUUUGGGGUCACAGCAACUCAUACAACAAGGUGGAUAAAAAAAGGUUACUGUCUCUUUAAUCAGGUUAAUGUUGAAUGCUACUGCACUCUGGCUUCUAGCUCCCUCUUUAUAUCAGAUGAAACAUUUGGAUCCUAAGAUCACUGUUACAGAGAGGGAGCAGUGCCUUGUGCUAGAAGUGUUAUUGGGCUAUUCAUUUGAACAUAAAUUUAUACAGAGUAGAAAUCUUAACAACCGGAAUAUUUUUCCUCCCUCUCUGGUCACUUUUUGUUCUUCACAAACUAAGAAUUGUGUUGCUCUGAGUGCUAUGGUAGCUUUAGCUCUAAUCUUCCUUUGAAACUUUGCAAAAAGUGUGUAAUAGUCUGUCUGUGGUCUAGUUCAUCCUAAGGAAGGGAUCUUAGAUACAAUCUCUAAAGAAUAUUCACUACAGCGUGCUCCUUAGUCAGUAGUACAAGUAGUGCUUGUUAGCAUUUCCUUGUGAAUUAAAUGAAUAAGCAAAUAUUAAAGUAAUUAUCAAUAUAGAAAAGCCACCACCAAAAAGAUGAAAGUAUGUAAUUUAUUUAAACAUAUUUGGUUUAAACAUCUUCCUUUAUUAUACCUAAAAGGAAUAAAAGCCACACCAAAAAUUCAGAAACUUAGUUUUUGUACUUAACAGUAAGAUGCACUUUUUAUUUUGACAUUUUUAAGUACUCCUCUAGAUGCUAAAAUAUGUUGUGGCUUCAAAGAUCACUAUCAGGCUUAAAACAUUUUUGUUACCUGCACUACUAAUAUUUCUGACUAAGUUUUUAUAAAAAAAUAUAUAUAUUUUUUUUUUCACUAGGCUGUUAAUUUUUUGCACCUAGUUUGAGCAAUGACAUUAGUAAUUGGUCAGCUUCAUUUUCAGGAUUUAAUAUACUAGUACAGUGCUCUGUUAGGAUUUCAAACAGGGUGAGGGUUGUCUAAAUUCCAUUAAGCUAUUUUCAUUUAAUUUAAAAAAUUGAGAACAUUUGUCUUUAAAAAAAAAAAAAAAAA